AUUCUGAAAUUGUCAUCGAGUGAGGUUUCUAGUUCUAGUUCGAUAUAUUAGUUCGAAGUUCGAAGUUUUCUCGCAGAGGUUAAUAAACAAAUAAAGAAAUAUUCUUGUUGAUCGUUAAAUAAUUUUCUAAAGAUUUAUAAUUGUAAAUUGAUCGUAAAGAGUUUAUUGCAAACGAAAGGACACAAUAAUAAUUACAUUGAUAAAACCUACACAUAUGUCGUGAAGAAAUAUUAAAGGAAUAAAAUAAAAGGAAAAAAUAUUAAUUGAAUGAAAAUAAAAUGGACAACAUAGAAGAAAAUAUUUCUGAAGCAAGCACGGUCGCCAAUCCUUUUGUAUUUUCCAAACCGAGUAAUAUAUUUCAUCCCUCAAGAGUCAUUAAUUUUGGCAUGGAAUCGGAUCACGUUUUCGACAUUCAUUCCAAUAAGAAGGAUGUAUUUACUUUUGCUGCACCUACGAUACUAUCCCAAUAUGAUAAAAGUAUGAGUCUGCAAACCAGUAAAUCUAACAGAUAUAAGCCGAGAAUUUCUAGAAACACAUAUGGACCUGCACUUAAUGUGUUUGCCAAUGCUCUUAAAGAUACAGGUGCGUUUGAGCAGCUGAAGAAGAAUUCCAGGUCGCAGAUUACUAAAAUCAACAUAGACAACUCGAUAACAUGUUCUGAUGUUCCUCAAUCUCUGCUAACUAAAACAACAGCAAAGGAAUAUUUCAUAAAAUAUGGGAGUAUCGUGAAAAUAACAAUUCGUCCGAGAAAACGCAUGAUCAUAGUAGUUUACACGUCAAAAAUAGAGGCGAAUGCCGCGUAUUACGGAAGCAGCGACUACAUGGGCGAAAAAUUUCACGUGGAAUGGACGAAAUUGGAAUCACCAGCGAAAGUGCCGACUAAAAAGAAAAUCAUGCAUAAGAAUUUAGUGACGAAUCUGCUUAAAGCGGCUGAUGAUGAAAUAAAAAGUGAAUUAGAAGCCAUGUCGAAUUUAGAAUAUAAUUUGCAUUCUGACAAAGAAGCCAAAAUGUCUGAUACAGGUACACUAUUUCCAUUAAAGAUCAGAGCACCGGUAGGGAAAACUGUGUUGCCUUAUGAGAAAAUGGCAAGUAAAUUUGAGAAAACGUCUACAAAGAUGGAAAAAGUCGACACCGAGAGUCAGAUCAUCAAACCUAUGCCUAAUACCUCUAUGGAGGAGUUGCAAAGUAUAAUACGUCAAGUCGCUCUCACGAGCGAGGACAAAUACAAGAUCUUGGAAGCCAGAGACCGCAUUAUGAGAACGAAACGAGUCAAGCCAGCCUCACUUGCGUCAGCUAAGAUAACCAGCGGCAUCUGUCCGGACAUGUGCCCAGAAAAGGAGCGUCUUAUGCGCGAGUCGCAGAGGCAAAUCGCGCCAUACGAGCAGCUAGAAGGUAACGAAUACAAAAUAAAUCACGCGACUGCCGUAAAACAGUAUUCUAGAUCCUCCGCGGACCAGGAGGAGCCGAUGCCCCAUGAAUUGAGGCCGGUGAGGUCGUUGAAAAUGACCAUGAGCUACCUGCUGCACGAGAUAAUGGAUCUCUGCGAGCAAGAGGACACGAAUCUGGCAGAGUGGUAUCACUUUCUCUGGGACAGGACGAGGGGGAUCAGAAAGGAUAUCACUCAGCAGGAGCUAUGCUGCGCGGAAAGCGUGGAAUUGAUAGAGCAGUGCGCCAGAUUUCACAUAGUAUGUUCGGAGAGACUCUGCGCAGAGGACGCGUCUGUGUUCGAUAAGAAAAUCAAUUCGGAGAAUCUAACGAAAUGUCUGCAGACCUUGAAAUACAUGUAUCAAGACUUAAGAUUGAAGGGCAUCAUCUGCGAGAAUGAGUCAGAAUUUAGAGCGUAUAUUGUUUUGCUAAAUCUGAACAACGGCAAUUUUCUGUACGACCUGCAACAGUUGCCAAAAUCGGUGCAGAAUUCGCCAAGAAUUCAAUUCGCCAUCAAAACCUACUUCGCGCUGGACUCGAAUAAUUAUUACAAAUUCUUUCAACUUGUGCGAGAGACGACUUAUCUGAACGCUUGUAUCCUGUUAAGAUACUUCAAUCAAGUUAGACUGAAAGCCCUCUCGAUAAUGGUGAAGGCGUAUUGCAGAAGCACUUUGACAGCCUUUCCGUUGUACGAAUUAAUGGAUAUCCUUGGCUUUGAGAACGAGAACGAGGCUAAAUAUUUCUGCGAACAAGUAGGACUAAACUUAUCCAACGAUGAAUUGUAUGUUCUCUUAAAUCGCCGGAACUUUAGCAUGCCCGCAACAAGUAUACAACAGAGUAGAGCCUACCAUCUGAUAGAAUCCAAGAGAAUAUUUUUGAACUUCACUAUUGGACAGUGCAUCGCUGGGGAAAAAAUGCCAGAGAAGACUUACAAAAAUCACAAACCACAUGACAGCUUCGACACACAUGGUUAUUUGUUGCCUGAAUCCAUUAAUAUUGUAGAUCAAAAUACCGAUGUUCUUUCUACGAAGCAUCUGGACGAAUUCGGAGUGGAGAAGAAGAUGAAGAAGGCGCCAUCGAUCCGGGACAAAAACCAGAAAGCUGUAAAGGAUAUUCGUUCUACACAAAUUAAAAAACAGUCCGCUAAUACAAACAAUACAACGUCAAAUGUACCUAGACUUAUAUCAGUUUCUGAACCGAUCCCGCCGAAUGUCUUCCAAUUUUCAAAUACAUCCAUCGGGCUUAAACCAAAAAUACCAAGUAUAUUCGAAUGCAAGCCUCAACUUUCCACAGCAGACAAAAUAGCUUCCAAUAAGCAACCUGAAAAUAAGAAUGCAAUGACUGGUGAAGACAGUAAGACUGAAGUUUUUGGCAGCAAUAAUAUUUUCAGUAAUAACGCGUUUACAUACAAUCCCAUCACAUUUUCUAAGCAGGAAACAUUACGUAACGUAGAGACUUCUGCUGUAGCUACAAAUCGGAAUGUCUUCUCGGAAACAAGACCGGAGAAUAUAUUUAAAAAUAUGGCGCCUUCCACUACGGUUUUCGCCAGCAGUUACCUUUCCACCCCGUUUUCCGCACAGCAUUCGGUAAAUAUAAACGAUGGAAACGAAAUAAUGAAGAAUCCAAUUUCUCCUAAGAAGGAACAGGUCCGAGAAGAAGAAAUAAUCAUACAAAAGAAAUUAGAGGCCGAGAAAGCGAAGCUGGAGCACGCGAGGAAGAUGCAAUGGAUCGAGGAGCAGUCCAAGGAGAUUUACAACAGCCUGUACGAGGAAACCGCGUAUGAGUUUUGCUCUAUCAUCGCAAAAGAGGAUGUCCAGGAGAUAAAAAUGUACGAAAUAUUGAGCGAAAAAAUUCUGUCCGACAUGACCGACGAAGUUCUCCGCGAGAUAUGCAGCGCAGAAUUAAUUGCGGAAAUUGAUCGGCAGCGGAAGUUAGAAGCUGUGGCGUCAAGAAUAAAAAAUCGAGUGGUGAUUAAAUGCCUUGAUGCUUGGAAGCUGUACGUGUCGAGGAAGAGACGACAGAGGGAGGCGCUAGAAGAUACGCCGGUUUGGUUGCAGAGACAUACCGUGAAAGAGAACGCAAGGAUGUUGUAUUCCAAGGAGCAGGAGGUGGCGAUACGAAACAUGCGGGAGAAGCAACGUCGAUUGAAGGAUUUGAAGGGUAGGGAGACCCUCGCGCCUGUCGAAGUUAUUGCGUACGUUGGUAUUAAGGAGAAUCUGCGACUGCUAGACAUCAAUCUCUUGGCUGAUCUGUUCUGGAAAUUGGUGAUUUCCUGGCCGGAUUUGGCCAACAGAACGAUCCUGUGGCAUUAUAAGAAAGUGAUGAACGAGUAUCUGUACUCUGAGGACUUUACGAUGGAUCCUAUUCUGAAAACUUAUCGAUCGAAUCCCUACGAAACUCUACACGUUUGCAUAAGGCACCACGAGGGUUUUAUCAGCGAGGAUAAUUUAGUCGGGGCAGACGCGCUUUUGUUUAUUGCUGAUGCUACGGAAGACUAUAAGUUUGUCGCCAAACGUUUAACGAAGAUUGUAUUGUCGAGGGAUAAACUGAUGCCUAUGCCACUCGCCUGUAUAAUUUUGGGUCGUGGGAAUUUGAGACUUCAGAAUGAGAAUAUUGUUUCGGUUUUGGAGUCCUUCUUGGAAUCUGGUUACAUAUUGGAAUAUACGAUUAUGUACAAGGAAGAUCUUUCUGCAAAAGUUAUUUUAAAUUUGAUACAGAGUGCAGUUUUAUGGUUGACAAUGAACAAAUCACCGUCAAUUCCACUGGAAAUGGAUUAUUUGUGGAAUGUAUACAACAUUUGUUUGUCAGAAGAACUGUGGCUAAGGAUAUUGGGUGAUGCUAUGUUCAAUAAAAAAUUGUCAAAUGCAUUACAAAAUCCUAAUUUUGUAAUUGAUUUACACAAUGAAGCCGUAAAUCAUUUGAUAGACAUUAUUUUAGAUCCAGAAUCUAUGCUGUAUACAAAUUUCGCACCCGAAUUUAAAAGAUUCCUUAAAAAUACCAGUACAAUGCCACGCAGUUAUGAGCAUUUCGACGAAUCGUGGAAACAAGAUGAAUACAGAGCAAACAUGGAGACUAUAAUGAAUAGUUUUGUGCUACCAUCAUGGAACGCACCAUGGCCAAUAACAGAUAUACAAGACUUACGACGAUAUACCAUAAAGUAUUGCAAAGAAGUACUGCCUGAUACAAAUUGUAACAUUGUAUUUUGCGAUAUAUUAAGUGAUUUAUAUCUCACUUCUGGAAGUUUGCAAUUAUCCAAUUUUGUACACAUACUAUUGCAUGUGAUUAAAGAGAAAAUACAUCUUCUGGACAAGAAUCAAAUAAUCGUCUAUAACAGAAAUCAUAUCAAACAUUUUCGCACAUUACCAUGGUGGUUUAAAUCUAAUGUACUGACGAAAUUUCUGUCGCGCGAAUCAAACUUUGAUAAUCAUCACAUGUUAAAUGAACCAGAAAAGAAGAGAAAGAGACUCGACGAUUCGGCAAACGACCUGUAUGAUAGUGUACUAGAUGAGAAAUUUGGACCAUUAGCAGAAUUUUGUGAAAAUACUAAAGCUCGAGUCAUAGAGGUACACUCUGUGUCUAAAAAGAUAGAAAACCAGUUGCAAAUGCAACAAUUGGAGAAUACAUUAUUGGAGGAGAAACUGAAGAAUGCCUUGUUUGAAGAAGAGAACUUAGUAUAGAGGAACAUGUGAUUUUUUUUCAACUGUCUGAUAUAUAAUCGUAUUUUGGUUUUAUAAGUUUUAUAUGCACACAUGAUAUGUUACGAUUACCCGUAAUAUUAUUUUCUAAUUAAACACAUUCUAAUAUAUGUAUAUCUAAAACA